AGCUAACCGAGAUUUAUAUAGCACACAGUUUCUGUGAAAAGAUGUAUCAACUCGUUAUUAUACUCAGUUUAAUUGCUGCACUAAUGCAACAAAGUGAUGGCUAUUCAUCAGGAGCUCCACCUGAAGCAUGUUCUACCUUACAGCCAAACCAUGGAACUCCAUCACAACCAGCGGAAACAAACCCAUAUGAACUAGAUAUCGAAGAAUUUCUUGCUCCUAGCGGUGUACUUCAAUAUGUGCCUGGGGUCACUUACACAGUGAUACUACAAGCCAACAAUUCCAAUUCGGUGAGUUUCAAAGGCUUUCUAAUUCAAGCAAGAAAGAUUAGGUUUCCUGACAAUGUUACCGGCAUUUUUACUUCUUUAAACACCAACCCUAACCAGUAUGGUUUUCAAAGUUGCGAUCAAGCUCAGUACCCCCUAGGCAGUGCAGUCACCCAUGUGAAUGGGAGCAGUAAGAUAAAUGUUACAUUUGAAUGGACAGCUCCCCUGGAGGGCUCAGGUCCAGUAUACUUUGUAUACACAGUGGUACAGUCAAUGCACAUCUUUUGGGCUGAUUUGAGAACUAUUGAAAUAAAUGAACAUUCCUGUGAACCACCGAAAUACUUAUUGACAGCUCACUGCACGGACGUGUGCCCCUUUGGUUCCUAUGGAGAUCAUACAACAGCAACUUGCCAACAAUGGCCAGCAUCAUCUACACUGGUAACUAAUGCCACAGCCUAUUACUUGACUCUCGAUGAGGCUGAUGUUGUAGUUGGUAGAGGAGUAUUGAAUUACACAGUGAUAGUGAAUGAAAUAGCUUUUGAUAGUAUUUUGGGUAUAUUUUUGACAUUGUCACAAACCGAAACAAUUCAGAAUAUAUUUAGAUAUAACAGUGGUUCUAGAGAAAAGAAUUAUCCGGUUUCAUCACUUGCAAGUUUAGACAGACAAAACAAUUUCAUUGUAAUUCAAGAACAGCUCUUUCUUCGUGAUACAAUUCCUGUUCAACUGUUCAGUGACAAUUUGGCCAUUUUCAGUCUAAAUCUGAAUGCAGUGGUAUUUGGGAGUUUAGCAGACAGUAUGGAGGUACCCACGGAUAUUGAUACUUCUUUGUUUGUUACAAUCACUAGGACGUCAGGCCCAUGUCAAGAUAUCAACUGCUUCAAUGGAGGAAUUUGCAGAGCACUAAACACAAGUGGAGAACUCAAUUUCACAUGUGACUGUCAUCCAGCAUACACAGGUCAAUUCUGUGAGACAUUAUUCAACCCAUGUGCUCUAAGCCUUUGCCUUAACAAUGCCACCUGUGAGAACAUUGGCACUACAAACUACACAUGCAACUGCACUAUUGACUUUACUGGUGAGAAUUGUGAGAUUGAAAUAGAUCAGUGUGCCUUAAACCAAGGAGUGUGUAACAAUGGCACGUGUAUCGAUGGAUUUGGUAUUUUCUUUUGUGAUUGCAUCGAUGGAUUUAUUGGAGAAUUUUGUGAAACUGAAAUUAAUGAAUGUGAGAGUGCUAGUCCCAGUUGUCAAAAUGGAGUGUGUAUAGAUGACAUCAACAGCUUCACAUGCAAUUGUUACCCAGGCUGGUCUGGUGGCCUAUGCGAGAACGAUAUAGAUUAUUGCUCAUUUGGUCCAGCUCCGUUUGGUCCUUGCAGUGACUUUGGUAGUAAUGCGUGUAUCGAUGGAAACAUAACAUUUUCCUGCACUUGUUUGACGGGUUUCAUAGGAUAUACGUGUGCUGUUGAUAUCAAUGAAUGUGAUGAGGCCCCUUGCUUGAAUAACGCAACCUGUAACAACCUAUUUUAUGGAGCCUACACUUGUGAUUGUACCCCAGACUACACCGGUCUUAACUGUGGUAUACCUUUGUUCCCAUGUAAUGGUAGACCUUGUAUGAAUGGUGGUACUUGUAUUGAUGCUGGCCUUGGAAAUGGAGCUUUCUCUUGUGAGUGUGGUAUUGGUUUCACAGGAGAUGCUUGUCAAACUGACCUCGAGUUUUGUACUGAUUCAACUUGUAUGAACAGUGGUGUUUGUGUUGAAGGUGUGGGAACAAUGACAACAUGUGAAUGUAUUGAAGGAUUUUCCGGUCAAAAUUGUGAGCUGGAUCUCCCAUUUUGUGACCAGGACUCUUGUCGCAAUGGUGGAGCAUGUGUUGAAGGUAUUGGUAUCCAUAUUUCCUGUAACUGUACUAUUAACCAUCGUGGAAUUCAGUGUGAAACAGAAAUUUGUCUUGAGAAUAGCUGCAGCUUUAAUGGAAACUGUUCUGAAACCAAUGGUGAGCCUAUUUCUUGUGGGUGUAAUGACGGCUUUGAUGGUCCAAGAUGUGACAUCGAUCUUGAUUACUGUCAGCCAACCACUUGUGCAAAUGAAGGCACUUGUAUCGAGGGAGAAGGAUCAAGAAUCAGUUGCAUUUGUUCGGAUGGUUAUUCUGGGAACGUUUGCGACCAGGACGACACAGCUUUCUUUGCCUGUACUGGUAUUAGCUGUGAGAAUAAUGGAACCUGUGUGGAGAAGUUCGGCCCAAUGUUUAGCUGUUCUUGCCUUGAUGGAUUUUUGGGGAGCCGAUGUGAAACUGAUUUAAAUUUCUGCGAAGCCACCUUCUGCUUUAAUGAUGGGAUGUGCAUUGAAGGAUUCGGACUAACGACGUUUUGUAACUGCUCGUUUGGUUUUAGUGGAGAUCAUUGUGAAAAUGAUGACAACUUUUGUGGUACAGACUUGGCUGUUAACUGUACGAACAACGGGAGCUGUAUUGAGGGCUUUGGAACUGAAACUAGCUGCGACUGCAUGGAUGGAUUCACUGGUGAUGUUUGUGAGACUGAUCUUGAUUUCUGUGAGCCAAUCAUUUGUGCAAAUGAAGGCACUUGUAUCGAGGGAGAAGGAUCAAGAAUCAGUUGCAUUUGUCCAAAUGGUUUCUCUGGGAAUGUUUGCGAUCAAGACGAUUUAUCUUUCUUUGCCUGCACCAGUAAAAGUUGUGAGAACAAUGGAACAUGUGUAGAGGAAUUCGGCCCAAUGAUUAGCUGUUCCUGCCUUGCUGGUUUUUUGGGUAGCCGAUGUGAAACUGAUUUAAAUUUUUGCGAAGCCACUUUUUGUUUUAAUGAUGGGAUAUGCAUUGAAGGAUUUGGACUAACAACCUUUUGUAACUGCUCCUUUGGUUUUAGUGGAGAUCAUUGUGAAAAUGAUGACAACUUUUGUGGUACAGACUUGGCUGUUAACUGUACGAACAACGGGAGCUGUAUUGAGGGCUUUGGAACUGAGAGUAGCUGCGACUGCAUGGAUGGAUUCACUGGUAAUGUUUGUGAGGUCGAUCUUGAUUAUUGUGAGCCAAACACUUGUGCAAAUGAAGGUACAUGUGUCGAUGGAACAGGAACAAAAAUGAGUUGUAUUUGUCCAAAUGGUUUCUCUGGGAGUGUUUGCGAUCAGGACGACACAGUUUUCUUUGCCUGCACUAGUAAUAGUUGUGAGAACAAUGGAACAUGUGUAGAGGAAUUCGGCCCAAUGUUUAGCUGUUCUUGCCUUGCUGGUUUUACAGGUAGCCAUUGUGAAACUGAUUUAAAUUUCUGCAAAGAAACCUCCUGCUUUAAUGAUGGGAUAUGCAUCGAAGGAUUCGGACUAACAAAUUUUUGCAACUGCUCUUUGGGUUUUAGUGGAGAUCGUUGUGAUAAUGAUGACAACUUUUGUGACAAGGAAUUGGGUGUUAAUUGUACGAACAAUGGCAGCUGUAUUGAGGGCUUUGGAACUGAGACCAGCUGCGACUGCAUGGAUGGGUUCAGUGGGGAUCGGUGCCAAAGUGACGAUAAUUUCUGUGAUAAAGCACCUACUUAUCGAUGCCAAAAUGAUGGCACUUGUGUCGAAGGAAUUGGCUCUAUAACACAUUGCGUAUGUCUAGAUGGUUUCAGUGGUGUUGACUGCAGACUUUCAGGACUAAAUUCUAUCAAUGUUACUCAAGAUUUGUGCAAUUUGGUUUUUGGAAUAUCAUGUACCAAAGCUACGAUUGGUGGUGUGGUUGCUAUAGCUAUUGGUGCUUUCUUGCUAAUAUUGUUUCUGGCAACAUUAAUGCUACUAUUAGUAUUGUGGUGCAAACUUUGUCAAAAGAAGAGAAUUUAUAAUGUGGCAGGACCACCAGUGGUAGGAGGUGUCAUGAUAUCGAACCCUACCUAUGAGAGUAACGUUGAAGGCGCUCAAAACCAAAAUAUCAAAAAGAUAUCAAAAAGAUGAUUGAUAUGCAGAAACUUUGACUCGUACACAAAAAUGGAUAAUGAAGAACCCUACAUUACUUAUACUUAUUAGCUCACCAAUGCUGCAGUUCUUAUUUCUAUCACACACCAUCGAACUUUUAUGUUAAUCUAUUUACAAUUUGGUGUGUAUAAAACAUAGUACACAUUCUGUCAUUGUAAUCACCCAUUUUGUUGCAGGUGAUACACACAUGCAAAUUGGGAUAGCAAUUAUUUUGAAG